AUGAAGGUGCAGGGGAAUCAAUACUCUGAGAUGCAAGUGCAGUUGGGGCUGAAGGGAAGGUCUGGCUGGCCGAUCACAGAGAGCAAAAAGAAAGUACUGCGUGCCACCGCACAUGCUCAGGCUAAGCUGGGCUGUGCGGUUAUCAUCCACCUGGGUCGGAAUCCAGCCGCCCCCGGUGAGAUAGUCCGAAUCCUUCAGGAAGCUGGAGGAGACAUCUUGAAAACCGUAAUGUCUCAUCUGGACAGAACCAUAUUUGACCACGGGGAGUUGCUGGAGUUCGCGAAAUUAGGAAGCUAUCUUGAGUACGACCUCUUUGGCAUGGAAAUGCUGGACUACCCCUUUAAUUUGGACAUCGACAUGCCCAGUGACAGCCAGAGGGUUCAAACUCUGGCGUUUCUGAUUAAAGAAGGCUAUGAGGACAGGAUCGUCAUCGCUCAUGACAUCCAUACCAAGAGCCGACUGACCAAAUAUGGCGGCCACGGAUACUCCCACAUCCUGAAGAACAUCGUCCCCAAAAUGCUAUCCAGGGGCAUCAGCCAGAAGCAGGUGGACAAGAUACUGAUAGACAACCCCAAGCAGUGGCUAACCUUUAAAUAGAUCUAACAUUUAUGACUGAUGAUCCGAUAGAGUCACGUGAUCAUGCAGCAGACGAGCUUUGCUUCAGUAAGGAGAAAUAACAGUGUGGGAUGCUUGCAAUAAUACUGUUUGACGCCAUCAGAGUGAUUUAAAAAAAAAAAAAUCAAACAAAACAAACGAUAAAUUUCUGCAGCUUUAACUACAAUAUGAUUUUGUGUGAGUGUAAUUCGGCCACACCUUGGCUAUUCAAUCAUCAUCCAAUUCAAUCUACGUAGAUUUCAAGGCUGUUGUUUUGUAUAUUCAUCUGGGAAAACGGCUGGAUUUGAUUCAUCCGGAGGAUAAUUAAAGGAGGGUUCGGAGAAGUCGUUCAAUACCCCAGACAUGAAAAUGAAUAACACACCACCUGAUUUCAGACAAAAACCUUCUGCUAAUCAUUUUGCUUCAAUGGGACAUCACAUCCUGACUGUCAUUGUGGGGUUUUUUUGUUUCUUUGAUUUUUUCCUUCAAUCUUAAUUAAAAACACAAUAAUGCUUUUAAUCGCAAUAACAACACGUAUUAACUGCAGGGAAGUAGCACUUAUUUUGCAGAAUCCUUUAACCCUGAAUCACUGCUGCUUAAGCAUCAGUUAAUAAUCAUUAGUCAGUAUUGUUUCAUAUAUGAGGUGCAGUUUUGGAUUUCAGAUGGAAACACAAUGAUUUGAUGAUUUAUAUCCACUAUAUGUGAAACUCUG